AUGGCCGUCUUUUCACCCUCCGGGUAUAAAGUAGACACUGCAUUCACGGACAACAUUCUAGUCAGCACAGGAGCUGGGCGGCUGGCGUGGAAUGUGACGGCAGCCGACUUUACCGUCGACAACAACGUUCUGUACGGCAACAUUGACACGAACCCGAAUGCCACCAACACAAUCACCACCGAGCCUAUGCUAGCAGCGCCGGGCUGGCGGGACCCGCGACGGGACGCCUCGGCUGAUUUCUUCAGCCAGCCAACGCAGCUCCAUCGCAGCAUUGGCUUUUACAGCGGCGAGGUGAUCAACCAGCCACAGUGGACUGCCGAUUUCGAUAACGGCACGCUGCAGGGGUUCGUAAAGGCAGGUUUGGUGGAUAUUGUCCCCGAUCCAGCUGGCGACUUGGGCAAGUCUGCGUCUCUGGCGGCGGGAAGUAGCAUUUCACGCGAUUUCGAAGACGCCGGCAAUUUUCGGCUUAACGUGCGUGUUUUGAUCACUUCAGAUCGUGUGGAAAAGCCAGCAGUCAUAUCCAUCGGCACGGCGCAGGUUGUUCUUGGUGGGUUUCAGUCCAACGAUGUUGGCUUCUGGCAGAUUGUCAUGGUGACGCGCAGGGACGGCAAGGUGACAGCUGAAGUGAAUGGCAAGAGACUGUGUAUUCGGCAAAAGGGGAAAGAGGGCGUAGUGAAGAUUGAAGCUGGAGAUGCGCAUUUGUUUGUAGAUGAGGCAUUCAUUGUUGCGCUGUGA